UUAAAAAAAAAUAACAGAUUUACCUACCUUCAUAUAUCCACAUGCCUAACCAUCUUCUUUCAGAACUAUUUCAAGAACCUGCAAACUCUAGUGUCAUCAUCCCAUUUUCUGACAGAGACAAUAAACAAUGGAGCAGAAGUUUCUCCAUGGAAUGCUCGAGGUGUCAAUCUUUCGGGCCACGAUGAGCAAACCAUCCGUGCCCUUCAAAUGUAUUUCUGUGAGUGGGAAGCCUGCAUAUGUGACAAUCAAGCUGGGAAACCAGAAGGUGGCUAAAACCAGCAGCGAGCGUGACCGGGUAUGGAACCAGACAUUCCAGAUUCUCUGUGCUCAUCCUGCCGACACCACAGUCACGAUCGAGCUGAGAACGAAGUGUUCUGUGCUGGGGAGAUUCGAUUUCCAAGGCGAUCGCCUUUUGAAUGGCGAGAGUUUGAUCGAGGGGUUCUUCCCACUGAAAAUGGAGAGUGGGAAGGCAAACAAGAAACUGAAGUUGCAGUUCAUACUGUGGUUUAAGCCUGCAGAAUAUGAGGCAAGUUGGGGGAAGGCAUUGGAGAAUGGUGGAUUCAUGGGACUGAGGAAUGCUACUUUCCCACAAAGAUCAAACUGUUCUGUCACACUGUACCAGGAUGCUCACCAUAAACAUGAAUUCCAACCGCCAUUCGCGAAACCAAAGAAUUUGUGGGAGGAUAUAUACAAAGCCAUUGAUGGUGCAAAACAUCUGGUGUACAUUGCAGGCUGGUCUUUCAAUCCAAACAUAGUCCUAGUUCGCGAUCCCCAGACAGAAAUUCAGCAAGCUAGAGGAGUGAAGCUGGGAGAGUUGCUGAAGCUCAAAGCAGAAGAAGGUGUGGCAGUGAGGGUUAUGCUGUGGGACGACGAAACAUCCUUGCCAAUCAUCAGAAACAAAGGGGUGAUGGGCACACGAGACGAGGAUUCAUCAGCAUAUUUCAAGAACACGAAAGUGGUCUGCAAAUUGGUUCCCAGAUCACACCACAAGCUGCCAUCCUGCUUUGCACAUCACCAGAAGACCAUAACAGUGGACACCAGGAAGAACCCAGGCUCAAGUGCUAGAGAAAUCAUGUCAUUUCUCGGUGGUUUGGAUCUAUUCGAUGGGCGCUACGAUACACAACAACAUUCGCUCUUCCACACACUCAACGCAGAAUCCCACUGCUAUGAUUUCUACCAAACAAGCCUCCCAGGAGCCAGCAUCCACAAAGGAGGGCCAAGAGAGCCAUGGCAUGACACCCAUUCUUGUGUCACAGGCCAAGCUGCACUUGAUGUUCUUAGCAAUUUCGAGCACAGAUGGAUAAAGCAAUGUGACCCUUCAUUUCUGGUCCCAAUAACCUCCAUACCAGAACUCAAUAACAAUCAAACCGACCUCGAUUCCUCUGAAAGGGAUUGGAAAGUUCAAGUCUUUAGAUCCAUUGAUCAUGUGUCCACAACCCCUUUGCCAAGAAACAUGCCAGUAGAGAGCAGCAUCCAAGAAGCCUAUGUAGAGGCCAUCAGGCGUGCAGACCGGUUUCUAUACAUCGAGAAUCAGUAUUUCAUCGGUGGAUGCCAUCUCUGGGAGCAAGACCAGAACUGUGGCUGCAGAAACUUAAUCCCUGUGGAAAUAGCACUAAAGAUUGCCAGCAAAAUCAGAGCAAACGAGCGGUUUGCAGCCUACAUCGUGAUGCCAAUGUGGCCAGAAGGAGCCCCGGAGAGCGAUUCAGUUCAGGAUAUACUGCACUGGACUAGAGAAACAAUGAAGAUGAUGUAUAGGAUAAUAGGUGAAGCCAUAGCAGAAAGUGGUAGCCAUGGCCACCCCAGAGAUUACUUGAAUUUCUUCUGCCUUGCUAAUCGAGAAGAAGUGAUCAAGGGAGAGUUUAUACCUCCCUACUCUCCUCACCCUUCAUCUCACUACUGGAAGGCUCAGAAACACAGGAGAUUCAUGGUUUAUGUCCAUUCCAAGCUCAUGAUAGUGGAUGAUACAUACCUGCUAAUAGGCUCAGCCAAUGUGAACCAAAGAUCCAUGGAUGGACAACGAGACACAGAAAUCGCGAUAGGAUGUUAUCAGUCAAGGAGUGAAGAAGCAAUGAUAGAUCAUGGAGACAUUCAUGCAUAUAGGAUGUCAUUAUGGUAUGAACACACUGGAAAAGCAGAUAGAGAGUUCCUAGAGCCUCAGAAUCUGGAAUGUGUGCAGAAGGUUUGUUCCAUUGGAGAGAAGAUGUGGAAAAUAUACAGUUCAGAUGAUGUCACAGACAUGAAAGGUGUCCACUUAGUCAGUUAUCCUGUUAGCAUAACAAGAGAAGGUCAUGUUGAGGAUCUAAUGGAGAUUAAUGGUCAUUUUCCAGACACAGAAACACCAGUCAAAGGAAAAAGAUCAAAAGUUCUUGCCCCUAUGAUAACAACAUAAGCCAAUUGUAGGGGCAACCCAGUCAAGUUGGUCAGACUGUUGACUUGGUAACCGGAAGGUUACAAGUUUGACUCCCAACAGCCUAUCUGCCUUCUUGGUCUGAGCUGGUCAGCUAUGGACAACCUAGACUGGUUUACCUCCUUGUCACCCGAAAACAUAAGCCAAUUGCCAUAUCAAUGUGUUUCUGUCAUGGUUCACUUCAAAGACAAAAGCCUACUUUUCAUUAUUCCUAGGUUUGUGUAAUUGUGUAUAGGCACAUUAUAGUGCAAUAUAUCUGACUGUUCACUGUAAAGAUUACACAAAAAUAAAGAGAAUUUUAAUGAUGUCAGUUU